AUGAUCACACUCUUUGUGGCUCUUUACUCUCUGCUUUGUCUCUGCACAACUGGAAAAACUUCUGCCAUCAAGGAGCUUCAGGUAAAAAUAUUAAAACAUGGUGAAAAUGUAACUAUGGAGUGUAAAAUUACUGGGGACAAAAAGAAGGAUAAUUUAGUUUGGUACAAACAGAUAUUUGGACAAGUGCCUCAGUUUAUGGCAAAAACGUACAGUGGCUCUCUGGGCUACACUUUUGCUGAAGGAUUUGAAGAUAGUCGCUUCAAUAUUACUUUAAAUGAUCAAAAGUUUGAUCUCAGCAUUAAUAAAAUAAGAGAGGAUGAUGAAGGAGAAUAUUUCUGUGGAGAAUUGGAGGGGACUGUACUAAAGUUCACAUCUGGAACACGUCUGCAGUUUGAAGGUGAAGAGAUGAAACCCUGUCCUACACCUGGAACACUUAACAAGAACACACACUCUGUUACACACCAGGGUUCAAACAGCAGUGAUGGAAAAAUAAGCACCGGUGGCAUCAACCAGUUUCCUCAAAUGGCUGAGGAUGGAAUUCACGGUCUUCUGAAGGAAGUCGUUUUGGAUAUUGCUGACAACCUCCUGGGUCUGUGCAUCUAA